AUGAGUUCUUAUAGUUCUCAUGUAGUUGGUGACAUAAAUCACAUUAGUACUUUUUCUGAUAAUAUUGGUGCUCUUUACUUUUCUAAUGAUUAUUCAGAUGUGACUUUAAUUGUUAAUGGACAAAGAUUCAAUAGCCACAAAAUUAUUUUGGCUGCACGUAGCCAAUACUUCAGAGCUCUUCUAUUUGGAGAUUCAAAAGAAUCUACUCAAUGUGAAAUUAAGUUAAAAGAUGCUAAUCUGGAUGGAUUUAAAGGUGUACUAGAAUACAUAUAUACAGGACAAAUAUCUCUUACAAAUCAACGUAAAGAGGUGAUAUUGGAUAUUCUUAGAUUAGCACAUCUCUAUGGAUUUUCAGAAUUAGAAGACUCUAUAUCAAACUAUUUUAGACAAAUAUUAGAUGUAGAAAAUGUCUGCCUCAUAUUUAAUGCAGCACUUCUUUAUCAGCAAGAGUUUCUUACUAAGGUUUGUCGCAUUUACCUGGGUGUACAUACAUAUAACAUAAUUAGACAUGAGAGCUUUUUACAUUUAAGUGCUGGUGCUUUAAAUGAACUUGUUUCAAAAGACUCCUUUUAUGCGCCAGAAAUUGAUAUUUUUUUAGCCUUACAAGCAUGGAUAAAAGUAAAUCCUAAUGCUGAUGGUCAAAAUGUUUUAGAUAAAGUUCGAUUAAGUCUGAUUUCAACCAUGGAUCUUUUGAAUGUUGUUCAACCAACUGGAUUGGUUUCUCCAGAAGCAAUUUUAAGUGCAAUAGCUGCAAGAACACAACUACAUGACUCUGAUCUUAAUUAUUGUAGACUUAUUGAUACAAAUAUUACCCGUCCUAUACAUGGUGCACAAGUUCUGCAGGGUGAAAUACAUAAUUUUCUUUUACAUAAAGAUACAACCAGUUAUUUAUGGGAUAUGAAGCAAGGGUAUAUUAAACAUACCAUCACUAAAUCACAAGAACAUGGAAUUGUAGUUAAAUUAGGAAUUCAGAGUAUCAUCAAUCAUGUUAAGAUGCUUCUUUGGGAUUGUAUGUGUUUCUGUUCUUAUUAUACAGAAGUAUCUAUGGAACAAAAAAAUUGGAUUCAAAUUAUUGAUCAUACAGAAUAUUUUUGUCAUAGUUGGCAAGUUUUAUACUUUGAACCAAGAGUAGUUGUUUAUAUUCGUAUUGUUGGGACCAACGCUAGUGUACCAAAUAUAAGCAGAGUAAAAUCAUUAUCACACUAUUAUUAA